AACGAUGAUGAUUAGUUGUGUUGCAGAUCGGCUCGCGCUCACCGCGGUGUUAAUACUGUUAACACGUGUUGCACGUGGAAUCCACGUGUGGAAAGCAGGCCCGCAGGUCGGACCGGACGGGGAACAGCCCAAAGCCACGGGGUUCCGGUCUGAAGACGGUCUCCAGCUCAUGGCCGUCAGCGUGCACUGCACCGAGAACAGCAUGGUGGUGAGAGCGCGCGCUGAUCUCUACGGUACCGGGCGGCUCGUGACCGCCAGUGAGCUGCGACUCGGACCGGAAUCAUCACCGGGAGGCUGCGGGGCGGUUCAGCGCGAGGACACCGAGCUCGUGAUUACAGCCGGACUUCACGAGUGUGGAGCGAAACUGCGGGUUGAGGAUGACAGCCUGAUUUACGCCAACACACUGUUCCACAUCCCGACUCUGAACCACGUUGGCAUCGUCAGGUCCCUGGGUGUGGCUGUGCCCCUGGAGUGUCGCUACAAGAGGACACACUUGGUUAGCAGUACAAGCCAGUCCCAUCCUGUGAGCCCUGCCUUUCUGAGCUCUGUCCCCACCAAGUCUGUGUUCUCUCCACAGAUCAGGACCGACGAUUGGAUGUCUGAGAGAUCAGUGGACUUAGCUGAGUCUGAAGUCAUCACCAUGGUGGCGUCUGUGCUCAGUGCUCGUCACAGUGCUCUUAAACUUUUCCUGGACCGCUGCGUGGUGAUGCUGGAGCCUGACACUGCAACCACAUCCAGCUGUGACCUCAUCAAUUACUAUGGGUGUCCUGCUGAUGCAGGGUUGGCUGAGUCCAACAUCUCCUUCCUGCCUGCAGCAGACGGUCAUGUGCUGAGAGUAAAAUUCAACCUGAAGAGUUUACUUGGAGACAACCGACAGCCAAACAACUCUCAGAUGUUGAUCACAUGUUGGAUGAAGACAGCUGAUCCAGUUCACAAGAAGAGCUCUGUAAAUAAAGCAUGUAGUUACAUGGGGAACAGCUGGUGUAGUGCUGAUGGGAAGCACAAGGUGUGUGAGUGCUGUGACAUGAAGGGACAUGUCUUCAGCCAGAGAUAGGAGUACAUGUGGAAGUGUGUCCUUGUCAGACUGUGUGCAGCUCAGCAGUGUUCACUCUCAGGCCCAUCAUCCUGUUGAACUGAACUCUUUACUAUACUUCAAUAAACCCUCAGUGAAAACAAAUUAAAUGUUUUUAUUACAUACCUGUGUUUGG